GUGUGUAGUUGUUGAGCCAGCUGAAAGGAAACCUGGAGGAGGAGAAUCGUCACCUGUUGGAUCAGAUCCAGACUCUGAUGCUGCAGAAUCGCACACUGCUGGAACAGACCAUGGAGAGCAAAGACCUGUUCCACGUGGAGCAAAGACAAUACAUAGACAAGCUAAAUGAGCUGAGGAGACAGAAGGAGAAGCUGGAGGAGAAGAUCAUGGAUCAGUACAAGUUCUACGACCCCUCACCUCCACGCAGGCGUGGCAACUGGAUCACUCUGAAGAUGAGGAAGCUCAUAAAGCCAAAGAGCCGCGAGAGGAUGCGUUCGCUCACGCUGACUCCGUCUCGUUCGGAGUGCGGCGACGGCUUCCUGAGCUUUCCCCAGGACAGCCAGGACAGCUCGUCCAUCGGCUCUGGCUCCAACUCGCUGGACGACACGCUCACACAAAAGAGGAGCAGCAGUGAGUACAGACAAAACGACAUCAACACACACACAGGACGCAGAACCAAAGAUUCAAAGUCAGCAUAG